GAGAGGUUUGCAUGUAUGAUUGAUUGUAAGUAGCAGUCCCACUACAUGUUGCAGUGGACGAUACUGAAGCUUCCAGAGGCUGAGCAGAAAAUUCUAGACUCACAGGGAGCUACCAAGUCAGAUUUGGUAAAUCCCUAUAAUGAUGAUGAUCGCUCCAGCCAGUCAUCUGGAUCAUCUUUAAAUAUACCAAAAACUUUAAGCAAAGAAGAGUCUAAAGACAAAAGAGCUCAUUCCCCACGUACUCUCUGCCCAACAAUCAGUCCAAGCAAAAUGGAAAAGGCUGAGAAAAAUGUACAAAUUGAUUGUUUUGAUGAACUUAAAGAAAAGGACAUCGAAAAGCCUGAGCAAAAGGACAAAAACAAAAAUGUGUAUUUGAAUAGAGAGUUUGUAGGUAUAUUGUCUGAGGCCACAGCAAACGAAGAAGAGGAGGAAGAAGAAGAAGAAGAUUCAGACUCUCUUGCCUCAGAAUUACAAGAAAUAACUGACUCUCCACCUGCACAAAAAACAAACAAACUGAAAAGUAAACUGAAGGAGUUGGAGAAUAUUACACUUAACAUCGCUGUAACUGGGAUGACAGGGGCAGGAAAGUCUUCCUUUGUCAAUGCCCUGAGAGGACUUCAUAAUGAUGAUGGGAGAGCAGCUCCCACAGGAACAACUGAGACAACCAUGAAGCCAAACAUGUACCCACAUCCCUUCAUGCCAAACGUGAAAAUCUGGGAUCUGCCUGGAAUUGGUAGUCCAAAAUUUAGAGCGAAGAAGUACCUGAAAGAUGUCAAGUUCAACAUGUAUGACUUCUUUCUUAUAGUGACCUCUGAAAGGUUUAAGGAGAACGACAUAGAGCUGGCCACAGCAAUCCAGAAGAGCAAGAAGCUAUUUUAUUUCAUUCGCACUAAAAUUGACAAUGACGUUCGUGCUGAAUCACAUAAAAGAGACUUUAAUGAGUGGAAGUUGCUUGAUAACAUCCGAGAGGACUGUAAGAAGAACCUGCUGAAAGUCGGAAUAUCCAAAAUUUUCCUAGUAUCUUCAUUUCAAUUGGACAAAUAUGACUUUCAGAAGCUGAUCGACACCCUCGAGGAUGAACUUCCCGAGAACAAAAGAUUUGCUCUCAUUCAGUCUCUGCCCAUUUACUCUCAGGAAGCCCUGAUGAAAAAGAAAAAGUACUUCAAGAAAAUGAUUUGGCUGAAUGCAUUUGCGGCCGGGAUCGGGGCACUGCCUCCCCUCCCGGGAUUGUCAGUGGCCUGUGAUUAUGGCAUAAUGAAGAAUUUCUUUAAACAAGUCUUCACCAGCUAUGGCUUAUCAAAUGAAGCCCUAGAGGUGCUAUCAGCACGAGUGAACAAACCUGUAGAGGAUCUGAAAUCUGUUAUGAAGUCACGCUUCAAAGAUGGAGUCACCCAUGAAGUUAUGAAAGAUUUGUUGUCUAAACCAGUCAUUGCUACAGCCAAGACGCUGGGGACCGUAAUGUCUCUGCUGCCAUUCGGAGCUCUACCGGCGAGUGGGGCGGCUGUCGCCUCUGUACAAUACCUGCUUAACAAGGGACUGAAUGAGAUGACAGAAGACACCAAAAAGGUGCUUGCUGAAUCACAACUUUCCUAAUAUACACAGAAAAAAAUGAGCCUUAGAUCAGGCUUUGGUCUUAUACAACAAUUAACAGAAAUUAUAUAACGGCUCUGAUGUUGCAGAAAAUGCGUCUUGCAGUUUUGAAAAUUAAUAGGUAAAAGUAAACUUACUAAUUAUCCGCUUCUUUGUAAUUAUGAUUAAAUUAAAAUUUCUUGGAAAUGUGAUUUAGAGCAUAAUAAAACACUUUUUUUCCCAAUGUAAAUG